UAUUCUUUAAUUCGUUUUGUAUACUUGGCUGUUUCAAGUUAAAUCAAUUUUUGUUCAGUCAACUCUCUGAAUUCCAUGGCGAUGGGAGUUGCGGGAUUUUUUUGUUUCUUCUUUUUCUUACUCUUCCCGAUUCUUGCUCAAUCUCAAACUCAACCUACCAGUUUCAUCUUCCAAGAUUUUAGACAAGGUGAAACUAAUCUUAGCCUUGACAGAGAUGCAAGUAUUAUCAGGCCUUCUGGUUUACUUAGACUCACUAAGAGAUCAAAUAAUGUCAUAGGCCACGCAUUCUAUGUCAACCCAAUACAAAUGUUUGAGAAAAAUUCUUCUUCUUCAGCUCAAAAUGCUUAUUCUUUCAGCACAACUUUUGUGUUUGAAAUAGUUUCCCCAAGUUCAGGCCACGGCGGCUACGGACUUGCCUUCUUGUUGGCUCCCUCUAAGCAACUUCCGGGGGCAGAUUACGGACAUUACCUAGGAAUUUUCAACCCAACGAAUGAUGGUAAUGCGUCAAACCAUGUUAGUUUUGUUGAGUUUGACACGGUUAAUGGGUUUAAGGGUGAGUCGGACGACGAUGGAAACCAUGUUGGAGUCGGCAUCAAUAGCAUGAAUAGCCGGUCAAAACCAGCUGCCUAUUAUCACAAUCCAGGUGACACGGAUCAUCAAGAAGAAGUGAACUUAGAGGGCAAUGGGCCUAUCCAAGCUUGGAUAGAAUAUGAUGGGGAAGAAAAGGUUUUGAAUGUAACUAUAUGUUAUGCAGGGAAUCCAAAACCUGUGAAGCCUCUCAUAAAUUACCGGGGUAUUAACCUCACAGACCAUAUCAAAGAAACUAUGUAUGUGGGAUUCUCUGCGUCUACAGGAGAUAGAUCAAGCUCUCAUUACAUCUCAGGAUGGAGUUUUUCAUUAAACGGAAAGCCAGAAACCCUUAAUGUUUCAGCAAUUCCAAAGGCACCAAAGGAGAAAGAAUCAACCCCGUAUAACCGUCAAACUGUUGCUAUUAUUUCUUCUUUAUGCGCUGUGACUGUUUUGUUGUUGGGGAUAUUGGUUUUCUUUUUGUUCUAUAGAAGGUCUUCAACGUCUGAGAUUCUUGAAGAUUGGGAAAUAGAUUGUCCUCACAGGUUCAGAUACAAGGAUCUUUAUGAAGCAACGAAGGGUUUUAGAGAGAAUGAAGUGAUUGGAGUUGGCGGAUUUGGUGCAGUUUACAGAGGUGUGUUACCAACUAAUGGAAGUGAAGUGGCUGUUAAGAAGAUUACUCGUAAUUCACUUCAAGGAAUGAGGGAAUUUGCAGCUGAAAUCGAAAGCUUGGGACGUUUAAGGCACAAGAAUUUGGUUAAUCUCCACGGUUGGUGCAAGCAAAAGAAUGAUCUCCUUCUAGUUUACGAGUACAUUCCAAACGGAAGCCUUGAUACACUUCUCUUUAAACCCAAGAACGGCUUUGUGUUGAAAUGGGAACAAAGAUUCAACAUAGUUAAAGGCGUUGCAGAAGGGCUGUUAUAUCUACACGAAGAAUGGGAACAAGUGGUGAUUCAUCGCGAUGUGAAGGCUAGCAAUGUGCUAAUCGAUGCUGAAAUGAAUGCUCGGUUAGGGGACUUCGGUCUUGCCAGGCUAUAUGAUCAUGGAGGAAUGUCGCACACCACAAAUGUUGUGGGCACAAUUGGGUACAUUGCGCCUGAAUUGUCUCGCACAGGUAAGGCCUCUGCGAGUUCUGAUGUGUAUGCAUAUGGGAUUUUACUUCUUGAAGUAGCUACUGGACAGAGGCCUAUUGGUUCAGGUACGUUCCUCUUGAUGGAAUGGGUGAAUGAAUGCCAACAGCUUGGUAGAAUUCUUGAUGCUGUGGAUCCGUUGUUGAAAUCAGAUUACGCUGUUGAAGAGAUGGAACUUGUUCUGAAAUUGGGGCUCAUUUGCUCUCAUCAGAAACAAGAAUUGAGGCCUACCAUGAGACAAGUUAUGCGGUAUCUAUGCGGGGAUGAGCUACUUCCUUCCAACUAUGAUUGGAGCUCCAUUGAUUCUCAACAAGGAUAUGAAUUGAGCUUCGGAUUUUUGGAAGUGUUUUCUUUUGAUACGUUCAAAGCGUCGCAUGCUUCAUCUUCCAAUGUUGGCUUCUCUUCCAGUUCAAUGGAAAAUGGUAGAUAGUAGUCGGUCCGUCUCAAAACUUUUUUCCUUUUUCCACUUUGUUGUUAGGACUUAGGAAGUCGAUGAACACUCUUCCAAGUAGAAUCUGUAUACUGAUAGACACUGGAUAUUCACAUUGUUUUAAGAGAUAAUUGCAGUUUAUAACUAUUUGUCCAUUAAGAAAGUUACAUUCAACAUCACAAUCUUCAACUUGAUGAUCAAAAGGUGAACCUAUGAUGUUGUAGAAUGGCCAAGUGGGCUGAACAAGUUCUGGUUGCACCAUG